AUGUCUGACGCCGGUGACGGCACCCACAAGCGGUCCAAAUCCGCCGCCGCUCUUUCUCUUUUGCGACGCAACAAUACUCGCGACGAAGAGUCCGGUUCCGAAGACGGGAGGCUUCGGAGAACUCCCUCAUCCUCAAACCCAAUCAACCCCAUGGCGCACCAGCAGACCCCGCGAGGCCACGGGGCCAAGCAGUCCGUCUCCUCGGCUGGCCUCUCGCCUACAGCUUCUCAAUCAAAGUCCCAGCAGUUCCUCUCAUCACCCUCUGCCGAGAAGAGCACUGCAAGCCUCGAGCAGUCCGUUCGAAAGUUCAGGUUCGUCGAGGCACUCCGAAGCGGCGACACCUCAUCCAUUUCACGUGCCAUUCGCGAGACAGCUGAGAAUGCCCCGCGAGCGAGCAUCUCAUCAGUGGGCGCUUCUGCAGCAAGCGCUCUCGACGAUACCACAAUCCUUCACCUAGCGAUCCAGUGUGCCGAAUUCCCUGUCAUUGAAUACGUUUUGUCCGAGGGACAGGGAUCGAUCGAUGUGAAUGCCCGCGACAAGGAUGGCAACACCCCGCUUCACCUGGCUGCAAUCCAGGGCCGCACCACAGUCGUGAAGCUUCUUCUCGAGCAAAAGGAUAUCAACGAUGCUAUUGCCAACGCCCAAGGCAAACUGCCACUCGACGUCGCACGAAACCCCGAGAUCUUCCAGCUGCUGCAACUCUCACGAUCGCUUUUCGCCGAGGCCAAGGUCAAGCAAGUCCAAGAGCUGAUUGCGCGGGGCAAUUAUGGCGCACUCGCUGGUGUUCUCGAGGAGCACCGAGUCAAGACCGUCCUCGACAUCAAUAGCCCCGAAUUCGCAUCCGAACCAUUCACAGUCCAGACUGGAGGCACGUUGCUUCACGAAGCUGCAAGAAAGAAAAACACCAACCUCAUCCAGGUUCUGCUUCUGCAUGGUGCCGACCCCUUCCGUCGCGAUCGAAAGGGCAAGCUGCCUCAAUCCGUUACAAACGACGAUGCUACAAAGGCCAUCCUCAAAAAGUCUCCAGCAGCUGUGGCUGCCCAGCGUGGAAUCCAGGAGAAAGCCGUGCUGGGGCAGGCCGCUUCCCAGGGCACGGCAGGUUCUGCUUCCAGUGAUCCUCUAGCCGGCCGAGAGGCUCGUGAGAUGAAGGGGUAUCUCAAGAAAUGGACCAACUACAGGAAGGGCUACCAACUGCGAUGGUUUGUGCUUGAGGACGGCGUUCUCAGCUACUACAAGCACCAAGACGAUGCAGGCUCCGCAUGCCGAGGUGCCAUAAACAUGCGUAUCGCGAAACUCCACAUGAGUCCUGAUGAAAAGACAAAAUUCGAAAUCCAUGGCAAAUCCUCUGUCAAAUAUACCCUUAAAGCCAACCAUGAGGUUGAGGCCAAGCGAUGGUUCUGGGCUCUCAAUAACUCCAUCCAGUGGUCCAAGGACCAGGCUAAGGAGGAAGAGAAGCGGGCAGCUCGAGGUGCGGAGCUCUUGAGGCAGGCCAAGGCCGACCCAAGUACACUUUCUCUCCAGGACUCUCAUAGCGAGAACACCAGCGUCACAGAUCUACGCAGGAAUAGCUCUCAACUUCCAAGCAGGUCUCUGUCCAAGAUAUCGUCUGUGGAUCAGAGACCAAACCAUGCCAGCCCUGGUACAACCGGUAGCUUUGAGGAAGAUGAGUUUGUUGAUGUUGAGACUGAUGCAGGCACCUCGCGGGCGCCCAGGAAUGGAGCGCCAACGCAUAACGAUAUGGAUGACGACGACGAUUAUGGCGACGAUAUGAGCAUCCAUGAAGAACCCACAGCUACUAAGGAUGCACUCAACAUUACUGCUCAAUCAGCUAAGCUCCAGCUCGAAACAAUGUCUCACGUGCACCAAGCUCUUCUCAACGAGCUGAACCAGAACCCGAACACACCUCUGUCUGACAACAGCGUGACACAGGCCCUGGGAACAUACGAUGCCGCCAUUCGAAGUUUAUCAACUCUGGUGGCCGACUUACUGCGCAUUUCUAAAGACCGUGACGCCUACUGGCAAUACCGCCUUGAUCGUGAGGCAAAUAUGAGACGUAUGUGGGAGGAAAGCAUGGCGCAAGUGGCCCGUGAACAAGAGGUUCUGGAGGCUCGCGUUGGAGAGGCCGAGAAGAGACGCAAGGCAACAAAGAGGGCGCUAAGAGAGGUGAUCGAAAGUGGGAUACCCAUCGGUGUAGAAGAGGCCAUGCCCCGUGUUGAGGACACAAUUGUUGAGAAAGAAUUGAGCGACGACAGAGAGAAGGAAGACGAAGAAGGAAAGUUUGAAGAUGCGGCCACCAAAUUGUCACCAGUACCGCCUAAAUCGCCUACGAUGAACAGCGUCCGAAGGAAACCCACAAUCAUCGUGGACUUGUCCGAGAGUGAAUCUGAAGAAGAGGACGAGUUCUUCGACGCUGUGGAUGCUGGCCAGGUUGAGGUAUCUGAACUGCCCGCGGAGGAGGUCAAGCCAAAAUCCCAGGAUAUUGUCGUUUCUGGCGGUCUGGACAUCAGCUCCUCUUUCAAGGGCUACGAGAACGGCAUUCGAACAAGGCUCAAGAUGGACGCCGAUGACCGCCCCAAGAUUUCUCUCUGGGGUAUUCUGAAGUCGAUGAUUGGCAAGGACAUGACCAAGAUGACCCUGCCUGUUUCUUUCAACGAGCCAACUUCACUCCUCUACCGAGCCGGAGAGGAUAUGGAGUAUGCCGAUUUGCUUGACCUGGCUGCUGACCGAGCCGACUCGAUUGAACGACUUAUCUAUGUGGCUGCUUUUGCUGCUAGUGAGUACGCAUCAACUAUUGGUCGUGUGGCUAAGCCUUUCAACCCCCUGUUGGGAGAGACGUUUGAGUAUGUGCGGCCAGACAAGAACUACCGCUUCUUCAUUGAGCAAGUCAGCCAUCACCCUCCAGUCGGCGCUGCGUACGCCGAGUCACCUAAGUGGUCUUAUUGGGGUGAAUCAGCUGUGAAGUCGAAGUUCUAUGGUAAAUCCUUCGACAUUAACCCGCUGGGUACAUGGUUCCUCAAGCUUCGGCCUACCGCUGGAGGAAAGGAGGAGCUUUACACAUGGAAAAAGGUUACAUCGUCUGUCAUUGGUAUCAUCACUGGAAAUCCGACGGUCGACAACUAUGGUGUCAUGGAGAUCAAGAACUGGACAACGGGCGAGGUGGCUCACGUUGAGUUCAAACCACGUGGCUGGAAGGCAUCAAGCGCAUAUCAAGUAUCUGGAAAGGUUACUGAUGCAACUGGAAAGGUUCGCGUCAGUCUUGGUGGUCGCUGGAACUCGAAGCUGUACGCUCGCCUAACCCCAGGGUACGAAGCAGCUGUGGAUGAACCUAAGGAGAGCGGCGGUGACAUGGCCCACGGUGGUCUUACAGACCCCAACCGUGCGUAUCUCAUCUGGAAGGCGAAUGAGCGGCCAACUGGCAUACCUUUCAACCUGACACCAUUCGUCUUGACUUUCAACCAUAUCGAUGACAAGCUCCGACCAUGGCUUCCACCUACUGACUCUCGCCUUCGACCUGAUCAGCGGGCGAUGGAGGAUGGGGAGUACGAUUUUGCUGCUGAUGAGAAGAAUCGACUGGAGAAUGCUCAACGAGCGCGCCGGCGUCUCCGAGAAGAGCGUGGCGAGGAGUUUGUGCCAGCGUGGUUUCGAAAGGCGCGCUGCGAGAUCACGGGAGAGGAGUAUUGGCAAUUUACUGGCAAAUACUGGGAGCGACGCGAGAAGGCCGGUCCAAACGGUGAUCCCCAAGUUGCGUGGGAGGGGUUGGAACCAAUUUAUGAAGACCAUGUGGAUGAGGAUACGAUUCGGUGA